CGAGUCGUGUUGCACUGCCCAAAUAUUAAAAACAACAGUAUCGGUUUUGGUCAUUUUAACGGUGCUGUCAGCUAGACCAGAAGCAUGGCCACGGCACAGUCCACACUGAUGUUUGCAGUGUGCAUCUUGAUGAUAACAGAACUUAUACUGGCCAGAAAGGACUACUAUGACAUCCUCGGUGUUCCAAAAGAUGCUUCUGAACGUCAGAUUAAAAAAGCUUUUCACAAGCUUGCCAUAAAAUAUCACCCAGACAAGAACAAGAGCCCUGAUGCGGAAAAUAAAUUUCGAGAGAUUGCUGAAGCAUACGAAACCCUGUCAGAUGAGAAAAGACGGCGAGAGUAUGACCAGCUAGGACACAGUGCCUUCACCAAUGAUGACACGAAUGGAGGAGGAGGAGGAGCAGGACAGCGUUUUCAUCAUUCCUUUGAUUUCAACUUCGACGAUAUGUUCAGAGACUUUGACAUUUAUAGCCAAAGCAGGCACGCUCGUCCAAAGCGGCACUUUGACGAGCACUUUAGGGCCCACCAGCAACAACACAAUCGCCACAAGAGACACUUCCAGGGUUCUUUUGGAAACGGAGCCUUUGAGGACAUGUUUGAAGACAUGGAGAAGAUGUUUACAUUUGACCGACACAUAAAGAGGACAGAUAGCCGGUUUCAGGGCACAACCAAACAGCACUGUAGGACUGUGACCCAGCGAAGAGGAAACAUGGUCACCACGUACACAGACUGCUCUUCACCCUGAACGCCAGCCUGGAUAGGUUAAAUUGAGUUAUUCAUUUGCUGCUAUGACAAACAAGGAUUGGUUUUGUUCUUGACUGGUCUGGUUCGCAUGAUGAGGAUUGGUGAAUUUGGAGAUUUAGUUACUUUGACUGACAUCUGUAAUUGACACUAUGUUGGGUGGGGACCUCUGAAAGCCUAAAGUAUACUUUAUUUACGCAUUUGUUAGCGUAAGCACAUAGUUUAAAGCAAAACCCUUUAAAACAUACUCCAUUGAAUAAUCAAUACAAUAACAGAUGUUUGGCACAUGCGCGCUAACAAGAUUUUUGCUUAUCCAGUGUAUGCACGUUGUCUUCAAAGUUUAUGUUUUCUUUAAAGCCUAUAUGUGUUCUUCGAUCUCUUCGCACGAUCACACGUCUUUUGUUUUACAUUCGUCUUUUCUUUUUUCUUUUUUGCCUGACCAUAAAACAACGGUGCAGUGUUGACACCUUGUGGACGAACAAAGCAGUGCAACAACAGAUGUGUGCACACAAUUAAAUAUGUUUAGAUAUUAUACAUAUACCCUUGCCGCGUAUGCAUAAAAACGAAAGUAGACGUGUUUUUGCACGUAAAUUUAUGUACGUGCACAGCCAUGUAAAAGGUACUUCAUGGGCGUUCAAGAACCCAUAAGCACCAAAGAGCUUCAUCCUAUUCUGCGCUUUGUCUUUUUAAAAGUUCUUAGCGAUAAAAUGUCUUCUACUUUGUUUAAAAAAAAAGUUUUAAAUGUCUUUUAAUUAAUUCCCGCAUACAUGCAGUUGCCUAUGCAGGCAUCUAUUAUUUGUUUGACAUCUUUGUAAUUUGUUGUUGUUGUUCUUUUCUUUUCUGACUGCGAAACAACAGCUGGCUCAUGAUUGACACCUUGUGGACAAACUAAAUAGUGCAAAAAAAACUUCAAAGCUCGAAUUUGGGCGAUUAAGUAAAAAAAUUUGCUACAUGUGUGCUUUGAUAACAAAAUUGUAGAUAAAUGCAUUGUACACAUACCCUAGCAUAUGUGUAAAAACCAGUGUAGACUUGUUUGUAACAAACACACACACUUAAACGCACAGCCCGUACUACUGUAAAUAUAUAACUAUGCUAUAAGUAUGUAUACGAAAGGAUACAUUCAACAUAUGCACGCUGGUCAUUCUCGUCCAGUGUCUGCACAUUUUCCUCUCCAAAAGUUAUGAGCGAUUUCGAAAUUUUUCUUUAAUCCCAUCACACAUUACAUUUGUUGUUUAUGCUAUUUUUAGUUGUUUGUUGCAAUUUGGGUUGUGCAAUUUUCACAUUUGCUAGCAUACAUGUGGAAAUUAAAGUAUACUUUGGGCUUAACAUUCAAACUUUAGGCAUUUUAUUAAUUUGUUUUCAUCCCUGUGGCACCAAAACAUGAAAAAGUUUGGUUAUGAAUUUAUUGAUGACAUAAUAUAGUUGAUGUUUCUCUAAUAGUAGCACGCAAACAUUUAAAUUGCACUUUUUCUGAACAUAUGACGUGCAUAAUCUCCUAUUUUUACUAUAUUAAAAAAAACAAAUGUGCUAAAAUGGUUAAUUAUGACUAAAAGCAUCAUAUUUAGCUCUACCAUUCACUUAUCCGCUUAUAGCAAGUUGUAUAUUUUGCUGUGUUGUGUUGAACGCUUACUAUAUGAGUCUUUGAGAUUCACUCAUUCUUUGUUUUUUAUUUGAAGCUUAACAAAUUAUUUCUGAGAAGAAUGUAGUUCAUCAUAUCGAAGUAGUUUCUUUCAAACUCACACUUGCUAGAUAGUGCCUUCCCCACCUAUUUUAGUAGAUUGAGUUAAACGUAGUCAGAUUGGAGCACUUUUAUGACCUCACUUGUAUUAUUUACUUUGCAUGGCUGAGAGAAAGUAGUUUUUUUGUCGUGUAUAGCGAUUAUCCAGUUGGGUUGGUAAACAGCUUUUGUUUUAGGAAAGUACAAGUCUGGCAUUGUUCUCUAAGCCAGAGUGUGUUUUGGCUGAACCUUUUCUAUGUUUGCGACAAAACAAAAGAGUUUAGACAGAUUUUAAAUGGGGAAUGUACCAACUUAGCAUUUGCCUGCAGAUGUAAAGAUGUGGGGUUUUUUUUUGUAAAUAUGAUGUAUAACCCAGCUGUGUUCCUGUGUGACAUCACCUGUGACCUGUUUUGUUGAACAAUCCUAUGUGUGCAAUAUUUAAAGGCAGCUCUCCUGUUGGUUUACCUGUUAUCCGCUGACAUAGUUGUUAUGUUGUGAGUCUCCGUAGACUCAUCUGGCACUUUCCUUAUUUUAAUCCUAUGGAUGAAAAAUAAAUCUGACAUAACCUGUUUGACCCCAGAUGUAUGUAUGUAUACUUGGGUUAACAAUAAAAAGUGUUCAAAAUACA